AUGGCUGCUGCUGACAACACCAACCCUCCUAAGGAUUAUUACAAAGUGCUGGAGGUUGAUUAUGAUGCAACUGAUGAAAUUAUCAAAUUCAAUUACCGAAGGCUCGCACUGAAAUGGCAUCCUGACAAACAUGGAGGUGACAGUGCUGUUACUGCAAAAUUUCAGGAGAUAAAUGAAGCUUACAAUGUGUUAAGUGAUCCUGCCAAGCGUUUGGACUAUGAUUUAACAGGGAUAUGCGAGAUUGAAAAAUAUAGCUUGCAGGAAUAUCUUGCCAGAUUUAAAGGCAUGAUUCUUACCUGCAAUGGACUUGGUAUCAAUCAAACAGACAGAUGGUCAACACAAUUCAUUGAAAAUUUUGAAUCCCUAGAUAAAUAA